AUGGCUACCUCCCAGAGUUGGAGUAAUAACUCAGGGUUUCAAGUAUCUGAAUUCCUCCUGUUGGGCUUCCCAGGCAUUUACGAUUGGCAGCACUGGCUCUCCCUGCCUCUGGCUCUGCUCUACAUCUUAGCUUUGGGUGCCAAUCUCCUCAUCAUGAUCACCAUCGGCCACGAGGCUACCUUGCACCAGCCCAUGUACCAGUUCCUUAGUGCCCUUGCUGUGGUGGACAUUGGCCUGGCCACCACCAUCAUGCCCAAGAUCCUGGCCAUCUUCUGGUUGGCAAUCCCAGUGGCUGUCCUGGCUUCCCAGCGACACUACUGCUCCAGGAAGGAGAUUGAACACUGCCUCUGCUCUAACUUGGGAGUCAUCAGUUUGGCCUGUGAUGAUAUUACUAUUAACAGGUUCUACCAGUUGGCUCUUGCCUGGGUUGUGGCUGGGAGUGACAUGGGUCUGGUCUUUGUUUCCUAUGCUUUGAUUCUUUGCUCAGUGCUGAAGCUGAAAUCUUCCAAAGCAACAGCAAAGGCCCUAAGUACCUGUAGCUCCCACCUCAUCCUCAUUCUCUUUUUCUAUUCUGCCAUCAUUGUUCUAUCUCUCACCCACUUAGCAGGGAGAAGGUUUCCUCUCAUCCCCGUUCUCCUGAAUGUACUGCACAAUGUCAUUCCCCCAGCCCUUAACCCCAUGGUGUAUGCUAUCAGGACCCAGGAACUCAGAGUGGGCUUCAAGAAGAUUUUUGGUUUUGGUGAUGAGGUGUCCAAAAAGUGA